UGUUAGUAAUAGAACUGACUGACGAUGGAGGUGGCUGGUGUGUUGUCAACUGCGGGUCUGCGCUACAAGGAUAAAGUCACUAUAAUCACAGGUGGUACGAAAGGCAUCGGCAAGGGGUGUGUGGAGGUUUUUGUCAGGAAUGGCUCCAAAGUUGUCUUCUGUGCAAGAGGAGAGAAAGACGGACUGCAAGUGGAAAAGGAUGUCAAUGCUAUCGGACCAGGGGAGGCCCUAUUUGUCCAAUGUGACAUGAGUAAUGAAGAAAGCAUCAAGAAUCUCAUUCAGGUGACGGUUGAAAAGUAUGGUCGCAUUGAUUGCCUGAUCAACAAUGCUGGAACCCAUCCACCUCACAAACCAAUUGAUGAUUUCAGUGCAGAUGACUUUCGUGGACUCCUUAACUUGAACUUAGUCAGUUACUUCCUUGCCAGCAAGUAUGCUUUACCAUACCUUCGCAAGACUCAGGGUAAUAUCAUCAAUGACUCCAGUCUGGUUGCACAGAUAGGACAAAUGGGAGCUGUUACAUAUGUUUCAACAAAGGGUGCUAUUAAUUCUAUGACCAAGGCUCUAGCUGUAGAUGAAGCUCGGUACAAUGUUCGUGUUAACUCAUUUUCACCAGGAAAUGUGUGGACUCCAUUGUGGGAUGAAGGAGCAAGGAGUACUAAUGACUAUAAUGCUGCAGUAGAGGGUGGUAAGGACUGCCAGCUACUAGGACGCUUUGGCACCAUCGAAGAGUGUGGUCUGGUCUGCCUUUUUCUGGCUGCAGAUGCUACCUUCUGCACUGGUAUUGACAUACCUGUCUCUGGUGGGGCAGAGCUCAACUAUGGCAAGAAGAACAUGAUGACAAAAGAAAACCCAUUUGCCUAAUGAAAAUAUUGUAGGAACUUUCUUUUCACAAAAAGGUCUUUGCAGAGGAAAACAAUCUUUAUAAAAAUCAUUUUGUAAAGUUGUAUGCAUGGAAACACUGUGCCUUCAGAAUUCACCUCAUCUCACCAUUAGACUGUAUUGGUUUUGCAAACUUUUUUAUGAAUCUAUUGCAGUAACUUCUGCAAAUUUAUGUAGUGGGGUGGCCAGUAGUGUAUUGAGUGAAAUACUUGCUAGUCACAUCUACAGAGAAGAUCAUGGGUUCAGAUCUUGUCUGAGGACACUACCUGUAUGUGACACACUUAUUCAGGGCUGACUGUUGAGGGUUUUCACUGGGUGUUCCAGUAUCCUGCCCCAUCUGUCAUGCCCUCUCUCCUAAUAGUUUAAAAUCACCUUCAGGUAGAAGCUUUUCUAAGCCAACCUUCAUCCAUCUAUGAACAGAUUUGUAUAGACUCUACACUGAUCACCGACUUUAUCAUGGACUAAAUACAGAAAUCUGUAUACUUAGCUGCAUUUGUCUCUUGUUAUAAUUGAUAGCACAAUGAUAUUUCCCUCCUUUGAUGCAUUUAAAGAAGUAUAUUUGUCUGCAAGCAGACAGUCAAGAAAACUGUGUUGAAUGGUUUCUCAACACUUUAACGAAGUGUCAAAAUUUCAAACAAAUUACAGUGCGAGCAGUUGUAGUAUAUGUGACUUGACAUCACUUCUCUACAUUUAACUAUGAUGCAGUUUCUCCAGCAGUAAGAGAUGUAAGCUUGCAUUUCUAUUUUGAUACAGAGUGAAUACACCGUCCAAAAUUGGCAAAAUGUAGAAACAUCAUGCAAUAGCAUGGUUUUACAUCUUUCAAGAUUAAUUGAAGUGACUUUAUUGCCAAACUCCUUUUAUUUUCAAUUAUUUAAUAUAAGAGAGCAGGAGACGAUGCCACAGAGUGCUCUUAUUCAACAGUCCAUGAAGACUUGGCCUAAUAUGAUACAGACUUCAUUAUUUUUUUCUUCGUACACUAACAUUAACCUAGUUUUUGUAUUAAACUUUGAGUGCAUACUUCUAUGAUAUAUAAACUGCGCAUUUAUUAUUUUUGCAAAAAGGCAAACAUUUUACUAUGGUCUAAAUUUUAUAACUAAUUAUUCUGAUCUUUUCUGUGAUUACAACAGAGGAGCCUUUAAGCAUAACAGUCUGCAUUUUAAGCAGCUGCACUAGGGUACAAAAAUUUUAUUUCUCCAUGUUCUAUGGUCUGACCAAUUUGACAAAUAUUUUGACUUGUUUAUAAAUUUAUAACCAUGUAUAUUAAGAUGUAUGAAUAGAACUAGUCACAAAGCUUCUGUAGUCUUCGUUUUCCAUGUUCAUUUUACAUGAAAAGUGUUAUAAUGCUGAAUCCUAUCACACCUUGUUUGUUGGAUUACAACCACAUAUAUUUCAUGCCAUGGAAUGAAUAAAUGUAAAAAGGUAAAAUGUAAUAAAAAUUUGUACUUAGUAUUUUCUAUAAAGCAUGUGGGACACUUCUAUCAAACACUGUGCACAAAAUGUAUGACUUUUUUUGUUGAAAAGGUGUUAUGGCAUCCAUAACAACCCAUGUCAAACUGGGAAACAUACAAAUUAUAUAAGCACUCUUUAUCUAAUCCAUUAUGAAGGCUAAUUUUUUUACAACUGAUAAAAGAUCCAAAAACAAUCCGAUUUGGAAAAGAGAUAAUUUUAAACAAUGCAAUUGAGUAUUGCAGUAUUUUGUGUGCAGUAUACUGGGUAUAUGAUGGGUACUGUAAUGCUUUAUCUGUUUAUUUUUUUUUAUUGCAUUAAACUUGCUGAAUUGUG